GGGACGGGGUUGGCAGCGAAGGGACACGGUUGGCAGCGAAGGGAUAAAGUUUGCAACAAGGGGACAGGGUUUGCAGCAAAAGAACACGAUUCGCAGCGAGGGGACAGAGCUCCCUGACGCGCGCCGCGAGCAGGUCGCCUUCCCAGCAACGUCCUCAAGGUCAUCGACCGCCCGGUGGCCCUGGUUGUGCCGCCACAACCUCCCCGCUGCCGGCAGACUUCGCUCCUCGCCGCCGAGCCCAGCGCCAGCAGCCAUGGAACCGGUGGGCACCGUCACCAUCAUCCUCCUCCUCGUCCUGGCGGUCGCCACCCUCGUUGCCCAGUGGCAAAAGGAACGACGGAACCAAAAUUACCCGCCGGGGCCGCCGGCGCUGCCGGUCAUCGGGAACCUGCUGCAGGUCAGGGCUGCCGACACCUGCAAGACCUUCCGCAAGCUGAGCGAGAAAUAUGGCCCCGUCUUCUCCCUGCGCUUCGGCUCGGAGCGGGUGGUGGUCGUCUUCGGCUACAAGUUGGUGCGAGAGGUGCUGGUGAACCGCGGGGAUGAAUUCACCGACCGGGGUCGGUUCCCGUUGGUGGACAAAGCCAGUAAAGAUCUCGGCAUUUUCAUGAGCAACGGGGAGAUGUGGGUGCAGACCCGGCGCUUCGCCCUCACCGCGCUGCGGGAUUUCGGCAUGGGCAAGAGGACCGUGGAGGAGCAGGUCCAGGAGGAGACUGGGAUGCUGCUGCGGGAGCUGGCGCGGACCAAAGGGCAGCCCUUCGACCCCGCCACGCUGCUCAGCGCGGCCGUGGGCAACGCCAUUUGCCGCAUCCUCUUCGGCGAGCGCUUCGGCUACGACAACGAGGAGUACCGCCAAGUCCUCAAGCGCCUCGCCGAAAAUUUCCACCUGGAAAGCUCCAUCGCCGGGCAGCUCUACAACUUCCUUCCCAGCCUGAUGGAGCUUUUGCCCGGCCCCCACAAAACCUUUUUCCAGAACAAUUCCUUCAUGCACGAAUUCCUGGCCAGGAAGGUGGUGGAGCACGAGGCCACCUUGGAUUCGGCGUCGCCCCGGGAUUUUGUGGACGUUUUCCUCCGUAGGAUGGAGCAGGAGAAGGGGAACCCCAGGACGGCUUUCAGGCGGGACAACAUGCACAUGACGGUGUUCGACAUGUUCGUGGCCGGGACGGAGAGCACCAGCAUCACCCUCCGCUACUGCCUGAUGCUGCUGCUGGAGCACCCCGAGGUGGCAGGGAAGGUGCAGGAGGAAAUCGAGCGGGUGGUGGGGUCGGAGCGGACCCCCGCGCUACGGGAUCGGGGGGCCAUGCCCUACACCGACGCCGUCCUCCACGAAGCGCAGCGGUUCCUCGACCUCGUCCCUCUCGGUUUUAUCCGGAUGGUGAAACGCGACACGGAACUCGGCGGCUUCACCAUCCCCAAGGGCUGCACCAUCUACCCCGUCCUGAGCUCGGUCCUACGCGACCCCCAGCACUUCAAAAACCCCGAAUCCUUCGACCCCCGUCAUUUUCUGGAUGAAAAAGGGGGGUUCAGGAAGAGCGAAGCCUUCAUACCCUUCUCCGCAGGAAAACGCAUGUGUUUGGGGGAGAGCCUGGCGCGGGCUCAACUCUUCCUCUUCCUCACCGCCAUCCUGCAACGCUUCCAGCUCCGUCACCCCCCCGGCCGCCCCCGCCUCGACCUGCGCCCCGACGUCAGCGGCAUCACCAACAUCCCCCGUCCCUGCGAGCUCUGCUUCUGCCCCCGCUGAGGCCCCCCCCCCGUGGCGGAGACACCCCCCACCCCCUGUAUUUGUGUGCGUCCCCCCCCAUUUUAACACGACGUCUCGCCCCCAAAUGAUAAACAUUUUCAGGCAGGU